AUGAACGACCCGGAUGAUAGCAUGGACCACUCUAUGCAGGACAAUAUGGAACGACCAGCGAAGAGACCAUGUCUAUCAUAUACCCCCGACGACGACGAAGAGGUCCCUGCAGAGUUUGAUCUCUCGGCCGCGCGCGCACAGAAUGACUCGCGACUGAAGUCUCUCUUCGAAGGCAUUUUCGCGAAAUAUAGCCAGGACUUUUCCGACGUUGGUGAUGAGAUUGAUCUGCAAACUGGGGAUAUAGUGGUAGACAAUGGGCAUCUCCUGGGCAUGCGGAGCGAGCACGAUGCUGGUGGCCAGCCACGAUCAUGGCUCCCACAGGCUGACCUGGAUGAGCCUGAAGAUUCUGAUGCAGACGAUGACAACAACACGAGGGGAGAAGAGGAUGAAUUCUUUUCUAUGGCCUCCUCUCCCGGUGCUCGUACUUCAGACGCUCCACGCGAAGAAUCGCCAUCUAAACAGCUACAAACAGACAUGGAUACCUCUUUGGAUUUCGUGUUUACUUUUAAGGCAUCGGGGACUGCAGGCCUCAGUCCCACAACCAAGGAAGAACAUGUCUCACAUCCUACCAACCCAAUCCUCACCUCCAAACCGCAAGACCCAAUCUGGGCUGUCCCAGACUUGCCCCCAUCAUUUUCAACGCCAACCAUGGAGACCCGAAAAUCAAACGUGGGCUUCUCUCCAGCUGCCAGAUCUACGUCCCCGCCAGGGAGCGGCUCCAUCUGGGCUGUGCGCAAACCCCGCAGACCGCGUACAGAAAUGAAACCGAAGGCUACUCCCAGUAAGCGCCGACCAGCCGCGAAGCGCAAAUAUCAUUCUAGCCCUGUUACGCAUGACUGGUCUUUUGCGGCUAUACCAGAUGGAAAUGAGUCGGAUGAUCCUUUACAGGACUAUGAGCCAUCGCCUACACCGUCGAAAAUGAAAAUUAUUCGUGGGAAGCGUCGCAUUCCGACCAAAGAGAACGAUGGGCCAUCUACGCCUUCGAAACAGCCAACUGUUGUCAUCGAAGUUAAUGAUCGAGUUUCCGAUCAAGUGGAUGACCAGGUGGACGACCAAGUGGACGACCUUCCGGAUGAUCAAGGCGAUGGUCAAGAAGGGAGCCGCGAACAGAGCCACCACGAAGAUGGAGUGCCCGAAGAACAAGUCCAAGGGGCCUACAGACCAAGUGAUCGACAAAACGAAGCGUUUAGCGCAGAAUACAAAAAUCAAGUGUCAUUCCAUUCUAUUGCGGAAGGCAAUUUGACCCCCAAGGCCACGGCUAUGGCCACGGCUAGCACCCAAGCCUCAUCCCCGCAGCCCAUGGAAAGCACCCCAAGCAAAAGACGACCAGUGACACCCGAUGAAGCAAAGCUGAUCGUGUGCAUGAUGUACAAACAAGAAAAGAAGGUCAGUGACGUGAUGUACAUGUUACCAGGUCGCGAAUACCAGACAGUCUGGCACUGGUUCUACAAUCACUGGACCCGCCGCCUCACCAAUCCACCUCCACUUUCCGCGGCCUGGUCGCGGCCUGAACUAGAAGCUCUGGCCCGACUCAGCACCCAAUCGGAUCUUACCUGGGGCCAGAUACAAAGUCAGUUCAAGGGCCGAUCACGACAAGAGAUUGAGUUUGAGCUGUUACGUGCUUUUGUUGGUGAGGGAUUCACCUCUUCGAUUAUCGAGAGCGUGGAGCAACACGCGGAGCCGGAAGAAAAGCACCCGGAAGAAGAUCUGCAGGACGACGAGAUAAAGGACGAGUCGGAAUCUGAUGCAGUCGUGGAGGAAGUCAAAGAUGGCGCAGGAGAUAGCGAUGCUGCGUCCGAAGGCACUGCUCAGGAAGAACUGGAGCAGCUCGAAACCCAAGAGGUGGCCGGUACAACCGACAGUAAGGCGUCUGCUCCUAAUGGCUUCUUGGGCAUUUUUAUAAACUCCUGA